AUGUCGGGGGGUAAUUCUAAGAACAAAUCCCGCUCCAAGAAGCAGGAGGGCUGGGAGGAGGCUGGGGGGGAGUUCUACCAGGAAUUGUACCCUGGGGGGGAGGGGGAACUGUUUGAAAACCUCCAAAGAGCUGAUGCAGCGAAAUUGGCCACACUAUUACCCUCGAAACAGGCGAGAAACACGACCACAGUUAAACGAGCUCGCUCUCAAAAUGAACGGCGACAGUCCACGUAUGCCCGGACGACGCAUAGCCGGGACGUACAUUUAUCCAUGUUACCUGACCUGUCUGAAAACCUCUCAAAUGAAGAACGUACUUGGGAAGAAAUCAUGCAGAUUAAAGCAAUGCCAGUGCCCAUGAACCAGAAAAGAGAAAUAAAAGCUAAGCUACAGAACGCUACGAAGUUAAGACUCCAAGGCUUGGAGCAGUUACAAUGGCGACAGAGGAAAGUUUGGCACCAAUUUAGAAUACGAUUUGGGGAAAUUGUGGGGAAAUUUGAAUUGUGGCAAUCGGCUUUGAGGGAAAUUGAGGGAAAAUUUGGCACGGGAGUUGUCUCUUUCUUCCUUUUCCUAAGGUGGCUCUUGUUACUAAAUUUGUCGAUAUCGUUGUUCGUGAUUUUGUUUUUGAUUUUGCCCAAAGUUCUGCUAGUGGAAGUUGAUUUUGAGUGUGUGGAUUUUGAUGAGAAUUCCACUGUUUGUUGCUCCCAAGUAUAUUUUCAAAGGAAUCUAACGGAUAAUGUGGUUUUGGAUCUCAUUCAAGGUACCGGUUGGAUGGAAAAGACUAUAUUGUUUUAUGGCGUGUACAGUAAUCAGGUUCAUUCGUAUUUCGUGAAGGCUUUUGGUAAUGCGGAGAUGUUUUACAACAUGCCCUUAGCGUAUAUAUUGGUUCCCAUAUCUUGGGCCCUAUUUUCAUUAGUAGCCAUCGUAAAGACAGCGGCCAGAGGUUUUAAGGAGCGUUUGGUGGAAAGCGAGGGUCAGUUUUAUAUGUACUGUAAUUUAGUAUUCGGUGGAUGGGACUUUUGUAUACAUAAUGACAAAUCAGCUAAAAUAAAACAUAAGGCACUGUUUAAUGAGAUCAAAGGAUGUUUAGAGGAAGAGAGAUAUAAAGAGGAGAAACAAAUGAGAACAAGAGAGAGUCAGAUAUUGAUGCAUUUAAAGAGAUUCCUGAUUAAUAUACUAGUAUUGAUAAUAUUGAUCGCAUCGGGAGUUCUAAUAUACGUAGUGUUCAAUUACUCGACUAGAUUUGAAGAUUCCGUACAGAAUUUUAUGAUUGUGAACCAAACUGAAGCUCAGCCGUUGAUGCAGUUCAAGAAUUCAUAUUCGUUUAGUCAAUUACACAACACGCUGUUAGAAUUCUUACCGUAUAUAGCGAUUGUUGUAUUGAACAUAAUACUGCCAGAAGUUUUUGGGUAUUUGAUCAAAUUUGAAACGUACACACCAGCUAAUGCGAUAGUUAUAACAGUUCUUAGGACGGUUUUAAUGAGAUUAUCUUCGCUAGCGGUUUUGUUGAGCCAAAUUUACUUACAAGUGACGAAUCCUGAUAGAAUUAAAUGCUCACCUGAAAACGAGGAGUAUCGUUUUGAGUGUUGGGAGACGUAUGUCGGGCAACAGCUAUACAAGCUGAUAUUAACAGAUUUCGUCCUUCAAUUCGUCAUGACAUUCCUCAUAAACUUCCCACGAGCCAUCAUAGCUCGUCACAGCAAUAGUCGGUUUUUGAAAGUCAUUGGCACCCAAGAUUUUUAUCUGCCGAAACAUGUCUUAGAUAUUGUGUACAUCCAGACAAUAAUAUGGAUGGGUUCGUUCUUCUGUCCGUUUUUACCUAUAAUUGGUACAAUUUUCUGCAUACUUAUAUUCUACAUCAAGAAGUUCACCUGUCUUAUUAAUUGCACGCCGUCUCCGAUAGUCUAUAGAGCAUCUCGAUCUAAAUCUCUGUUUAUGUCAGUGUUGUUGCUAGGUUUCAUGAUAUCUAUCCUACCUGUCGCAUAUUCUAUAGCUGAGAUAGAACCGUCAAUGAAUUGCGGCCCAUUCAGAGGUUUUGAGACAGUUUGGGGCUUCGUUAUACAGACUUUCGAAGGUUUUCCAUUCCUGAUAAGAGAAAUCGUGUUUCUUCUUGGUACUUCUACAUUCGCUGUCCCCGCUUUCGCGAUACUACUCUUUCUUCUAUACUACUAUUGGGCUGUUGCAGCCGCGAAUAGACAUAUGGUGGAAGUUCUAAAGAAUCAGUUAGUUCUAGAAGGUCACGAUAAGCAGUUCCUUCUAAAUAGACUGAGCGCGUUUAUUAGACAACACCAGAAAAGAUGUGAAAGAAGAAAUCGCUCCGAUGAAGAUUCUUCUGUCCAGCACAGUUAUAGAUAA